AUGCCGCUGUUCCUGCGCGAGAACGGCACGCUCCGAUGUGAAUCAGAGUCGGUGGCCGGAUUCUUUCUGUCGGUCAACACGUCCGACAACAUCACCAAACUGAGGAUCCCGUACCCUCAGACCGGGACCUGGUACCUCAGUCUGCGGUCCCUCUGCGCCACAGCGUUCUCUCUGGAGGCGUUCUCUCUGGAGGCGUUCUCUCUGGAGGCGUUCUCUCUGGAGGCGUUCUCUCUGGAGCCGUUCUCUCUGGAGGCGUUCUCUCUGGAGCCGUUCUCUCUGGAGGCGUUCUCUCUGGAGCCGUUCUCUCUGGAGCCGUUCUCUCAGGAGCCGUUCUCUCUGGAGCCGUUCUCUCUGCAGCCGUUCUCUCUGGAGGCGUUCUCUCUGGAGGCGUUCUCUCUGGAGGCGUUCUCUCUGGAGCCGUUCUCUCUGGAGCCGUUCUCUCUGGAGCCGUUCUCUCUGGAGCCGUUCUCUCUGGAGCCGUUUUCUCUGGAGCCGUUUUCUCUGGAGCCGUUCUCUCUGGAGCCAUUCUCUCUGGAGCCGUUCUCUCUGGAGCCGCUCUCUCUGGAGCCGUUCUCUCUGGAGCCGUUCUCUCUGGAGCCGUUCUCUCUGGAGCCGUUCUCUCUGGAGCCGUUCUCUCUGGAGCCGUUCUCUCUGGAGGCGUUCUCUCUGGAGCCGUUCUCUCUGCAGCCGUUCUCUCUGGAGGCGUUCUCUCUGGAGGCGUUCUCUCUGGAGGCGUUCUCUCUGGAGGCGUUCUCUCUGGAGGCGUUCUCUCUGGAGCCGUUCUCUCUGGAGCCGUUCUCUCUGGAGCCGUUCUCUCUGGAUCCGUUCUCUCUGGAUCCGUUCUCUCUGGAGCCGUUCUCUCUGGAGCCGUUCUCUCUGGAGCCGUUCUCUCUGGAGCCGUUCUCUCUGGAGCCGUUCUCUCUGGAGCCGUUCUCUCUGGAGCCGUUCUCUCUGGAGCCGUUCUCUCUGGAGCCGUUCUCUCUGGAGCCGUUCUCUCUGGAGGUAUGA